GGAAGUGAUCAGUGAAGAACAUGGGAUCGAUGCAACAGGCAUCUAUGAGGGAGACAGCAAGCUCCAACUGGAGAGGAUCAACGUCUACUUCAAUGAGGCACAUGGUAAAAGAGGACAUGUCGACCGCAACAUGCUCAAUUUACAGCAAAUAAUUUCUUCCUAAUUAGUGUUGUUUCAUGAGCUGGUCACAAAUUACCCGUCUUUCAGGUGGAAAAUAUGUUCCCAGAGCCCUGCUUGUCGACCUGGAGCCCGGCACCAUGGACAGUAUAAGAGGAAGCCGCAUUGGGCCCCUUUUUCGGCCAGACAAUUUCAUCCAUGGGAACUCGGGAGCUGGGAAUAACUGGGCGAAGGGCCACUACACAGAGGGAGCAGAGCUGGUCGACCAGGUGGUUGACAGAGUGAGGACCGAGAGUGAAAGCUGUGAUUGCCUGCAGGGCUUCCAGCUGGUUCACUCACUGGGGGGUGGUACUGGCUCCGGCAUGGGAACCCUCAUUAUCAACAAGAUCCGAGAGGAGUACCCCGACCGUAUAAUGAAUAGCUUCAGUGUCAUGCCUUCUCCUAAAGUCUCUGAUACAGUGGUGGAGCCUUACAAUGCCACCCUGUCUAUCCACCAACUGCUGGAGAACACAGACGAGACCUUCUGCAUUGACAACGAGGCCCUCUACGACAUCUGUUUCCGUACGCUGAAACUAACCACACCGACUUACGGGGACCUCAACCACUUGGUCUCCAUGACAAUGAGCGGGGUCACGACCUCCCUGAGAUUCCCCGGACAGCUCAAUGCAGACCUGAGGAAGCUGGCUGUCAACAUGGUGCCUUUCCCUCGCCUCCACUUCUUCAUGCCAGGCUUUGCCCCCCUGACGGCCCGUGGCAGCCAACAGUAUAGAGCCCUCACGGUGCCUGAGCUCACCCAGCAAAUGUUUGAUGCCCGCAACAUGAUGACGGCGUGCGACCCAAGGCGAGGGCGCUACCUCACCGUUGCAGGCAUAUUCCGUGGCAAGAUGUCCACCAAAGAGGUAGAUGAACAAAUGCUUGCGAUCCAGCAGAAAAACAGCAGCUACUUUGUGGACUGGAUCCCCCAUAAUGUCAAGGUUGCCGUGUGUGACAUCCCACCCCGAGGACUCAAAAUGGCCUCAACCUUCAUUGGCAAUAACACAGCCAUUCAGGAGAUAUUCCGCCGUGUGGGUGAGCAGUUCUCUUUGAUGUUCAAACGGAAAGCCUUUCUUCACUGGUAUACAGGGGAAGGUAUGGAUGAGAUGGAGUUCACUGAGGCAGAGAGCAACCUCAAUGACCUGGUGUCAGAAUACCAGCAGUAUCAAGAUGCCACUGCUGAUCUAGAUGAUCUAGAAGCAGAGGAUGAAGAGGAGGAGGGACCCUCGUCACCAGUGAUGCCAAAGGUUCAAUCUCGCGUGGAAGUUAAACUGGAAACAGUGAAGGAAACAAUCAAAGAAACUGUAGAUGAGUAGAAGACAUUGGGCAUGCAAUGUGGUUAGUAGGUAUGACACCUUGUUGCAAGAUGUGUUAAAAGGUAUGUUGGGUUGUUUGUAAAAAAAAAAAAAAGGAACUCUUAUUUUGUAGUUUAAUUGAUGCCUGUGGUUGAUUUAGAUAAAAAACGUGCUGUGACAUAUUUACACAAUAGUGCUUAUCAUCUUUUAUGUAAUGUUCAAAUGAUUUGUAUGUUUUACAGAUAUUUAUUUCUUUAAAAGUAAUUAUUUGACACUCAUGGAAAUUUUUGCAUGUAUAUAUAUAUAUAUAUAUGAAACAUUUUAUCUUAUGCCAGCUCUAUAUAAUCCACAGCCAUAAAAAUGAAAUUGUGACGUUAACACUGUUUGUCCAUUUUUUUCUUCAUUUUUCUACAGUGAAUGACAUAUUGAGUGUUUUGUAUCUAAGAUGAUGAUGGUAAUUAAAAACAGUAAAAUCAAAGAAUGACGAUUUUUGAGGAGCGAUGGUUCAUUCAUUACAACACUAAAAAACAACCAAACUAUGUACCCUUUUCAUUCAGUUUCAUCAUUUGAAGUUAAACUGAACCUAACUAAACUGUCCAGUGAUGGACAGUGCUCUGACAGCUCAGUGACAGCGAUACCAUUCUUGGCUAUAACACAGUUUCCUCCCACCGUUACAAGUCUGGCACACAGAGAUUAGACAUAGCUUGGCCAGAGUGUCUGUGCUCUGAGAUAAGGAAAUGUGACGUGGAAAUGUCCCUGCAAUACUGCAACGAAGUCACCCAGUCUCAUAUAUUUACUGGGGUAAAGCAGAUAACACUGCAUGUAACCCACAUGUGAAUGUAGGUUAUGGUGAUUAAGGCAGUAUCGCACC